AUGGCUGAACUCAACAUCAUUUUCAAACGCUGGAAGAUAGCUGGGAAAGCCAUUCAAAAUCUCAUGUUCCACCACAGCCACCACAGGUCCACCACCGGCCACCGCGGCUCACCACUUGACUCACCAAUUGAAUAUGAGUUUAGCUGCAGUAACAGCCCGGCUUACCCUAAUAUCCAUCUUCCUUUCCACCUCAACAAACGUAAACACAACCACCACCGCGCCCCCUUCUCGCCGGCAGCGAUGGAGGAGGAUUAUGCCACUAUGAAUGCGGCGGUGAGGACGCUGGAGAUGCUUAAUAGUGCGGCAGCGUCACCGGCUUUGCCAGGAUUUGGAAAGAGCGGGAUGGUUAGGCAGCUGAGGAUAACAGAUUCUCCAUUUCCCUUGAGGGAUGCUGAUGCCGAUAAUCAUGUAGAUGAAGCUGCUGAGGAGUUCAUAAAGAGCACCCAGCUGGCAAACCGGAGAAGAACAGCAACAAACCAGAGACGAGCAACUCAGGCAAAACUACUUCAGUUGAUGUUGUUAAUUAGUUGGAUAGAUAAUUCUGUUAGCCUCAGGUUGUUAGGCAUUGACCCAAUACUCAACACACAGCGAGUAGAGAAUUUUCGUCUCCUCUCUUUUGAAGCAUCCCAGUUUGCACAAUCUUGUAGGAGUAAAGGGAGGAAGUAG